AUGUGCAGUAGCUCAGUAUUGUGUUAGAGAAUAUCAGUGUUGUAUUUGUUGAGAUCUCGGGAGAAUACUGGAGACUUGAAAAAUAAAGUAUGGUGCUGGGAAAUCAGACUUGGUGUCUUGUUGGUUUGAAUCUAAGAACAUCUUAAAGAACAUCACAUUGGCGACAAGGAAUUAUGGAGGAGGAAGAACCCCAAGCAGUAAACUUGACGCAUAUACCAACUUUUCCACCUUUCAUCAUCAGACAGGAACCGAACACCGUUUUUAAAAGAUGGGGAAAAUGGAAGGAAAGAUUUGAAAACCUCAUGGUUGCAUUGAACAUCAAAAACUCGCAACAGAAGAGAGCCAUGCUUUUACAUUUAGCUGGUGAGGAAUUUUUAGACAUUUUUGAGAAUCUGCCAGACAGAGGGGACUCAUAUGAAGAUGCGGUAGCUUCUUUUGGACAGUACGUAAGACCUCAUCAUAAUCCUGAGUUUGAAAUUUACAAAUUUCGAAGCUGUAAGCAAGAACCUAGUGAAACCAUUGAUUCAUACCAUAUCAAACUAAGACAAAUAGGAGCCAACUGUGGAUUUGAAAAUUUGGACAGAGAGGUUAAGUCACAAAUUAUACAAGGAUGUACAUCCCAUAAGUUGAGAAGAAAAGCUCUUAGUGACCAGACUCUCACACUGAAUAACUUGCUUACACAUGCUAGAGCUUUAGAGCUGUCUGAACAAAGGUCCCAUAUUAUGGAGGGCGAUACCAGUCCUACCACAGUCUAUGCCGUGAAAAAAUCAGCACAAGCCCAAGCACCUAAACCACACAAGCCAAGUCAUAACAAGUCCAAAACACAGCCAAAACAGGGUUUCAGGGAGUGUUGGUUCUGCGGUGGAGAGUACCCACACAAAGGAGUUUGUCCUGCCAAGGGUAAAAUCUGCAGAAAAUGUAACAAGUUGAACCAUUUCCAAAUCAAAUGCAGAAGUAAAGAGAACAAAACAAAACCUGAUCAUGCUCCUAUCAGUACUGUAAAUGAAAAUAAAUGUAGCAAGUAUAUUAUUGCUUUACAGGUUAGCUCACAGUCUAUUGACUUUGAGCUAGAUACUGGUGCGUCUGUCACGUUGAUUGGUCAAGAUUUGUAUGAAUCAAAGUUCAAAGAUCACCCUUUACGUCAAUCAGAUUUGCAUCUCACAUCUUAUUGCGGCAAUCCUCUUAAUUUAUUGGGGGAAAUAACAGUCACAGUGAGUUACAAUGACCAGUCUGUAGACCUACCAUUAGUAGUGGUGGAGGGAUCUAAACCUGCAUUGUUGGGGCAAAAUUGGUUAGAGAAAAUAAAGUUAGAUUGGUCCAAUGUCUUUUCUGUACAGAGUGACCCAAAGUUAAAGUCACUUCUGUCACAAUACAAAGAUGUAUUUGCUCCAAGUCAAGGGUCAAUCAAAGGUUUUGAAGCAGAUGUUUACAUUCCUGAAGGUACAACUCCCAUAUUCAAGAAAGCUUAUAGUGUACCCUACCCUCUGCAAGAUAAGGUCAAAUCUCAGCUGUUGGAGGCAGUUGAGAAGGGUCAUUAUACCAAAGUAGAAAGUAGUAAGUGGGCGAGUCCACAAGUCACUGUUGUAAAACCAUCAGGGGAUCUGAGGUUAUGUGGUGACUAUAAGGUCACAGUUAAUACAGUACUAGACAAAGACCCAUAUCCACUCCCAACUAUUCAGUCAGUACUAGCCAAACAUGCAAAAGGGAAAUUCAGAUCUAAAAUAGAUUUGCGCGAAGCAUUUUCCCAGUUAAAAUUGAGUGAGAAGUCAAAACAAUAUCUCACGAUUAACACUUUGAUUGGUUUGUUACGCCCAGAGCGAAUGCCGUAUGGUAUUACGACUGCUCCGCAGCAGUUUCAACGCGUUAUGGAUCAAGUGUUGGAUGGUAUUGAGGAGGCUGCUUGUUCUAUUGAUGAUAUACUCAUCACUACUGACACAGUAGAAGAACAUUACAUAGCACUACAACGUGUGCUGCAGAGACUCCGUCAGUACAAUAUCCGUGCGCGUUUGUCAAAGUGUAGUUUCAUUCAGAAACGUAUUGAUAUUCUUGGUCAUACACUGGAUGAAAGUGGUAUACAUCCAAGUGCCAAGAACAUAGAAAAUAUCAUGAAUAUGCCCAAGCCUGAAAAUGUUUCAGAGCUCAAGUCAUUCCUGGGAAUGUUAAACUUUUAUGGGAAAUUCAUAAAGAACAUGUCUACUCAGGUGUCCACACUAAACAGGCUCUUAAGCAAAAAUGUAGAGUGGAACUGGACAAAGGAGUGUGAUGCUGCAUUUAAUGCUGCCAAGUCUGCUAUUUCUGCAGAGUCAUGUCUCACACCCUAUGAUCCAAAACGGCCAAUCGUAUUAGCUUGUGAUGCAUCAUCAGUGGGGAUUGGUGCAGUCAUAAGUCAUAUUAUGGAAGAUGGUUCUGAACGCCCCAUUGAAACAGCCUCUCGUACUCUUUCUAAAGCAGAAAAGAAUUAUGCUCAAAUUGAGAAAGAGGCUUUAGCCAUCAUAUUUGGUGUGAAGAAAUUCCACAUGUAUUUAUAUGGAAGAGAGUUUACUCUUAUUACAGACCAUCUGCCUCUUGUGAAAAUAUUCAAUUCACAUACUGGUAUACCGUCAUUAGCUGCAGCUAGAAUGCAACGCUGGAGUUUGAUUCUGUCAGCUUACAAUUACAAGAUAAAAUAUAGAAAGUCUGCUGACAAUGCAAGUGCAGAUUGCUUUUCACGGUUACCAAAUAAAAAUUCUGAGCCUAGUGAGGAUAACGAGUUUGUUGUCCAUUGUGUGUCUUUCACAGAAGAAUUACCUGUGAAAGCGAGUGAUAUUAGCAAAGCCACUAUGAAGGACCCAGUCUUGUCCAGAGUGUAUGAUUUCACUCUUAAUGGUUGGCCAAGCUAUGUCAAAGAUGAUUCUUUGAUGCCUUACUUUAGACGCAGAAAUGAACUUACUGUUGACCAAGGUUGCAUACUUUGGGGAUUACGUGUCAUCAUACCACCUUGUUAUCGUGACCGUUUACUUCGUGAAUUACACGAAGAACAUCAUGGGAUUGUUAGAAUGAAGUCCUUAGCUAGAGGGUACUUGUGGUGGCCUGGACUAGAUUCUGGAAUUGAGUCUUUGGUCUCUGGAUGUGAUGAAUGUCAAUCAAACAGAGCCUUGCCAGCUGUUGCACCACUGAUCCCAUGGUCUUUCCCUUCACGUGUGUGGGAGAGGGUCCAUAUUGAUUUCUUUGAGAAAGACAAUCGUUCUUAUUUGAUACUGAUUGAUGCAUAUUCGAAGUGGAUAGAAGUAGAAGAAAUGCAAUCUACUACUGCUUCGAAAACAAUUGAUGUUUUACGUUCGUGGUUUGCAAGAGCAGGUUUGCCUGAGAUUAUUGUGUCAGAUAAUGGACCACAGUUUACCUCAGGGGAGUUUCGUAAAUUCUGUGAAAUGAAUGGAAUAAAUCACAAACUUAUACCUCCGUACCAUGCAAGCACGAAUGGUGCCGCUGAGCGUUCAGUGCAAGUUAUCAAACAAGGGCUAACAAAACAUAUGUUAGAGAAUAGGGAAGGUUCCCGCAGUCUGAGAUUAUCCCAGUUAAUGAUGCUGUAUAGAAUAACUCCGCAUUCAACAACUGGUGUCAGUCCAUCUGAAUUGUUCAUGAAGCGUCAGAUUAGGUCAAAAUUUUCUCUUUUGAAACCCAGCCUUUCUAUGUCUGUUGAAACAAAACAGGAAAAGCAAUGUCAGUAUCAUGACAAACGUCCCAAGUCGCGUCACUUUAACCUGUAUGAUAAGGUCAGAGUUCGCAAUUUCAGAGGGGGGCAAGAGAAAUGGGUUUCUGGUUGCAUUGUGAAAGUUUGUGGACCUCAGACAUAUGUUGUACAAAUUGGCAGAUCGAAACGCUUUGUGCAUAUUGAUCAUAUAAUUGGUCCCACUGUUUCAAAUGAAAUGCCAUUUUCUGAUGAAGUUAAUGUGACACUACCUUCGAGAGAAAAUGUUGAAUCUGAUAAUCAAACAAAGACUGAAUUUGAGCAACCUGAGCAAAGGUUUUAUUCAGAACCUGUUCAAAUUGAGCAUGAAUCAGGUGAUACAAUGGACAAUAGUGAUGCAAAAUUACCUGACAAAUCUGAAGCUAGCAGUACAUUUGUAUCUGAUGAUGUUGAGGCUAGUCCUACUGUUGAUAAACAACCAUUUCGCAGAUAUCCACAAAGGGAGCGCAAAGCACCUGAGAGACUAACUUACACUUGA